ACUCCACAAUUUUUUCUCAUCUCUAGGGAACUACAGAAAGCUACCGGCAAUUUCACAACAUUAUUAGGUCAAGGAGCCUUCGGUCCUGUUUACAGAGCAGAAAUGUCUUCUGGUGAGAUAUUGGCUGUUAAAGUGCUUUCGAACAAUUCAAAGCAAGGUGAAAAGGAGUUUCAAAAUGAGGUCUUACUUCUUGGGCGAUUGCACCACAGGAAUCUGGUGAAUUUGGUUGGCUAUUGUGCUGACAAAGGGCAACAUAUGUUAUUGUAUGCAUACAUGCCUAAUGGGAGCCUUGCAUCACACUUAUAUGGUGAAAACAGUGCACCACUGAAGUGGGAUUUAAGAGUGAACAUAGCUCUGGAUGUUGCUAGGGGUUUGGAGUACUUGCAUGAUGGGGCUGUUCCUCCAGUAGUCCACCGUGACAUCAAAUCUCCUAACAUUUUGCUGGACCAAGCAAUGCAUGCUAGGGUUGCUGACUUUGGAUUAUCUAGAGAGGAAAUGGUUACUCGCAACGGAGCCAAUAUACGAGGAACUUAUGGAUAUCUUGAUCCAGAGUAUGUAUCCACACGAUCAUUCACAAAGAAGAGUGACGUGUACAGCUAUGGUGUUUUGCUAUUCGAACUGAUUGCUGGCAGAAAUCCACAACAGGGUCUAAUGGAAUAUGUUGAGCUUGCUGCAAUCAAUGCUGAUGCGAAAACUGGGUGGGAAGAAAUUGCAGAUUCUCGGUUAGAAGGCGCAUUUGACAUGGAGGAGCUCAAUGACAUGUCUGCUGUUGCCUACAGAUGUGUAAGCCGCGUGUCCCGGAAGCGCCCGGCGAUGCGAGAUGUGGUCCAGGCUCUGACCCGUGUGUUGAAGCGCAGCCGCAGCAGGAAGCACCACAGCAACAGGCAUCCACAGGCAAGGCCAGACGAUGAAUCUGUCGACCUGGAGGGUUCCGAGGUUCAGUCGUCCUUCUCUGGUCUUCAGAGAGAGGAGUCAGUUGGCAGCAUUUCAGAUCUGCCAGAAGUCUGACCGAAGUUAACUGAAUUUUCCAGUUCUUGGCUCAGUUUCUUGGUCUGAGCAAUUUUUUUGUUUUGUUGAUAUAAAAGUUGCACAAUGAUCAAGGAUGGAUUAUUGGAUAGAGAUGCAGUUUUGAGUAGUAAGGGUGGGUAACUUGGUGUGAAGUCAAUUGUAACUGUGUUGUAUAGAAUGCAUUGUGACUACGUGAUAUAUAGAAGCUGAUUGUUACCAUCCCCUUUGCCAUUGCCUUACUCAGUCAGGAGAUCAGGAGGCGCACAACUGUACUUUUCUUGGCAAUUUGGAUUUGCUACAAUUUUUAAUUCGACAGGGUCCUAACUAGAUCAUUGUCCAUCAACUUAAUGCAGAUUUCUUUAUGUUA